CUCAGUGUUUUACAUCAAGCAAAAAGAGACUCCUGAUUAGAUUGCAUGAAAAGCCAGAAUUACAGUAUGGCACGUCAAACUGAAGCAGUGUUGCUUCUUAUUCUGGCCGCAUCAGCAACAGCUUUGGCUACUGCAGAGCUGUCAGAUGCUUAUUUUGAUAAGCUCGUACAAGAAGCAGCACACCGUCAAGUCAAUGAAAAAUGCGGCAAAUGCUGUUCAAAUGGCUGGGUGAUAUCUGAUAAACGCUGUUAUAUAUAUCAGGCCACUAGGAUGAUCUGGGCUUCUGCUGAGAAACACUGUCAGAAUUUGGGUGGACACUUGAUCUCAAUUCAAAAUGACAACGAUUAUCGACUGGCCAAGUCCGUUAUCCGUAUUCAUGACCCUGGAGAGAAUCCAACAUGGAUCGGCCUUUCUGACUGUCAGAAGAGAAAUCACUGGUUUUGGACUGAUGGCAGCAAAAUGACUUACACCAAAUGGAACCCAAGGGAACCCAAUCAUAUCUUAGGAGAGUGCUGUGUCCAAAUGAACCAUGGCAAAAUGAAGGACUGGAAUGAUGUUGGCUGUAAAAAGAAAUUUCCUUUCGUGUGUGCUAAAAGCUUUUACUGAAAAGCUGACACCUUCACUUUUACCACCUUUUAGACACUUGUCACUGAUGGAUUUACAAAAACCUCACUGUGUCAAUUGUAUAGAAUUUAAGCAAUAAAAAAAUCCGAAUACA